UUCUAGCCACUUGCUCAUCAAAAGUUCCCUGUCCCAACUUGAUUCGAACGUUUUUCAGUAAAACAAUCUGGUUAUUAAGAAACAAUGCCUUGAAGAGAUGCUGUAUCUUCACUUUGUUGGGAUAUUAACAGUUGUGGUGCUACAAAUAACCUGGAUUUCUACUCAAAGCAAUGACGAAAUCUGUACAGAAGAGUUGGACAGGCUCGCUGAUAGUGUUUCCAACUUCACUAGAUGYGCCGUGAACGAAGCUUCUCCGUUUAGAUUUUGUCGAUUUUGUUAUAAGCAGUUUGAUGCUGUUAGAGUUUGCAAAACGUCUGUGUAUAGCAACCAUUACGAUUGCGUCAAAUUGCUAGUAGAGUCAGAGAGAUAUCAAAUAGURAAGCGUGUUUACGACUUUGCAAACACACUUUGGGAAGGAUCGUUCUGCUAUAAUUGUUUUGAGAGUGAUAAUAAAAAUGAAGCACAAAUUGGACAGCCAUGGGUGCUUAAAUCAGAUGUUGUGGAUUUCUUUGAUAAGCAGCGUAUUGUAGAUGAUUGUUUCAAAAAUUACACAAUGACUGACAGCCAUGCUAUCACAAAUAUAACAGCGAAUAUAACGAUAACGAACAUUACAGACACUCACAUGGUAUGUAGUAAGUGCGAAGAAGAAUAUAUAGCACUCAAUGAUGCCUACUAUGAUCUAACUGAAGAUAUGGGUGGCUACGUCAAGGAAAAUAUUCUAUGUGCUGAUGUUGUUUCUGCUAUGAACAUAACAAGACAAUUAUGGAGUCAUCAGUUCAAUUGUGUSAAACACAAUACUGAUACAGUAUCAGUUGUAGCAUUGACAGUGUUAUUUUGCUUCUUUCCCAUUAUUUUUUACUCCGCUGCAAGGCUCCAUGGUGGCUACAAAGAAAAACGAAGAAGCGAGCUCCAUAUACCACAGAUUAAUUACAAUUCYGCUGAAUAAAACAAGAUACCUAGUAAUUAAGGAAACUUAUCCAGAUAGUUUUUUUUUUCUUACACUUGUAAAUUAUCACAARGUAAUGGGAGAAAUUCUGUGUAUUUUUAUAGCCAAGAAUUAUUAAAUAAUUAAAAAAUAUAUAGGAAAAUUUCUGUUUGAAUAUAAGCAACAACUUGUCACACUUUUUUAAGUUUGGUGACAACUUUCUUUGGAAUAUCGAUUAAAAAAUGAUACAUGAACAAAUUUAUAUACCRACAGUGUAUUUUGCCAUAUCAUAUAUUGCUGUUCACAAAGUUGCAAUCUGUUGCAAAAAUAUUAGACUUUAACAGUUUAUAAAUAACAAUUAAAUAUGCAAAUAGAAUAUAUAAUUGA